AUGGAAUUGUAUAAAAAAUUGUUUUUUCGAGGUGACGACCUCAAAUCGGCCGAAUUGACUUUUGCCGCCCUCGGGGGGACUAUCGUCGCCCUGCUGAAUAUGGCUGCUAAACGACCACUUUAUGCCCAGGUGUACAGAUAUCCAGUGGGGAUGCUGUUUGGAUAUGGUGCUGGAAGCAUUUUCCAUGAGUACAAUUACAGGCGUCUGCUAACUAAGGAAGCAAUCAUUUGGGAUUAUGUCGAGAAGCACCCAGAACAUUUCCCGGACGUCAAACCAAAGAAAUACAAAGAUAUUCUAGAUGUUUGGCACCCUAUUCGAUAA